AUGGCUCCAUCAGCUCAAAGAACAGAUUUACCAACUACACAAGAAGAAAUUGAAGAUGCAGUUUCAAAUAUCAUCUCUCAAUUGUCUAAUAAGAAGGGAGGAUCUUUAUUAGGAAGUUAUAAAGGUGGUUUUGUUGACUCCAACUUAGAAAACUUACCAGAAACAACCAAGAAGAGAUUUGCUAAAUACAAUAUUGAUAUUUCUCAAGGGUAUCCAGAACGUCCACCAACUGAAGAGAUUCCAGUUUAUCUUGAUGAAGCUGAAGCUAUUAGAAGUACCCCAACCCCAUACAUUGAAAGGGGAAAGGGCGCUGACCCAGAAAAGAAAGCCUUAUUUGGUGCCGCUAAAGAAAUCAGACACUUGACUAAACAUGUCGGUACCGAAAUUGUUGGUUUGCAAUUGGGCGAUUUGAACAAUAAACAAAAGGAUGAAUUGGCUUUAUUGAUUGCAGAAAGAGUUGUUGUCUUUUUCAAAGAUCAAGACUUAUCACCUCAAAAACAAUUGGAAUUGGGUGAAUAUUAUGGUAAUGUUGAAAAACAUGCUCAACAGGUUCACGUUCCAGGUUAUAGAGGUAUCACUGUUAUUUGGCCAAAUUUUUUGAAAAAAGUUGGUUAUCAAUAUAACUUUAAACAAACAAAGACUGCUCCAACCUCCAUAACACAUUCUGAUUUGUGUCAUGAGCUUCAAACUCCAGGUAUUACCACUUUGUAUAAUGAUGCUAUUCCAAAAGUUGGUGGUGAUACUGUGUGGUAUUCUGGCUAUGGUGCUUACGAUAAACUCCUGCCUGCUUUCCAAAAAUUUUUGGAUGGUAAAACCGCCAUUUAUAGAUCUGCACAUCAAUAUAUUGAUCGUGAAAAUCCAUUGAGAGGCCCAAAACAUAUCGAAAGAGAACAUCCAAUCAUCAGAACCCAUCCAGCUACGGGUUGGAAAUCUUUAUACGUUAAUCGUGGCAUGACUGUAAGAAUUGUUGGUUUAGAACCCGAUGAAUCAAGACUUAUCUUGAACUACCUUUUUGAUGUUUAUGAAAAGAACUUGGAUAUUCAAGUUAGGUUCAAUUGGCAAUCUACUAAUCCAGAAUCUGGUUUAGCUACUGCUGCUUUAUGGGAUAAUAGAAUCAGUCAACAUUCUGCCGUUGCUAUUGAAACUGAAGAAUUGAGACAUGGUACCAGAGUUUCCGCUUUGGCAGAAGUUCCUUAUUACGAUCCUAACUCUAAAUCUCAAAGAGAAGCUUUAGGAUUACCUUUGAAUUAA